AUGUCCAUUGUAAUUGUGUUAAAGGCAGUAGAUCUUGACCUAAAAACAACUCGCGAGGAACCUGGAGUCCAUGACCUCCCAAUUACCCCAUUGUUUGCUUCAUUUUGUGCUCUGUGUGUUGCAGAAGCAGUGGCCACUGAUGACGAGUCGUCAAAAAAGGCACUGAUCUUUAGCGCUGCUGGAGAAUUGUUCAUAGGCAAGAACCUUGCACAAAUAAUUUGCACCGAGGUCGAUUGGGUAUUUCCAAAAGUGAAGAAUGAACAGGUUUCGCCUGGAAAAAGCAUGCGCAGGCAAAAGUUUCUGAGCAUAGAGGAGAAACAAGUAGUGGUGGUUGAUGACAAUGAAUCUCACAAAAAAGUUUGCACAGAGCUGAGUCCACUGAACAGGCCCAUCACAAGAACAAAAGCCUUACAAACGGCGAUGGAUCAAGUUAACAGAAAGGGGAAAGGACCCGAGUUGCCGUGUUCCAACGACGAAGAGGAAGACCUUGAUCUUGAUCACUGA